GCACAUCGAAGUCAGCCUUCCACCAAGAAAUGCCAAUGACAGAAACACGCUUGGACGUGCUAUUUUGUCAGAUGGGCUACAUCCCCCUUCUAACACUCGCUACUUGGCAGAAGUCAACCAAUUCUAUGUCAGCAGGAUUCACACUUUUGGGGGGAAGUGUUGGCAACUACGCACCUUGCAAAGCAGCAGCGGAGCGCACCACAUUGCCCCCAUCAUCAUCAACACGGGCGGCAUCGCCUACAACAGGCCAAUCUUCAACGACAAGGUGCGCCAAUUCUUCCUGCCCGAGUACAUCAAUCGCAAGGACAUGGCUCGUGAUUGGAGGGGGCGCAGGACAACGGAUGCUGUCCAGUUCCCGGCACCUCUGGGCGAUGGCUUCUCCAUCGCAUCUGCAGAGUGGGACUCUGCACAUGAGAAGGAGAUUUACACGCGCGAGGAGGGCGUCAUCUACAACCUGGUCGGGCACGAGCUGGCGAAGGUCAUCGUCGGAUGCGACGAGUUGGCUGGAAACCUCAAAGUUCUGGCAGACAAGGGGAAGUCUGAGGCGUUCAUCCAAGAAGUCCGAACGGACAUGAUCGAGGCAACGGCAAAGCGCUUCGAAGCACAGGGCGCGACAGUGAGCGCCAUUGAGCGCGAGGUGAGCUCCAUGCUGAUGGAAGACAUGAUGUCGUGGGAUGGAAGCGCCCUCCCAGUCCCAGACCAUUUUUGGGUGAAGUAG